AACUGCUAGGUUGGCAGAUGCUGGGACAAGGAACGGGAGCUCACCCCGUUAGGCGGCACCAGGGAUUCGAACCGCCGAACUGCCGACUUUUCGAUCGACAAGCUCAGCGUCUUAGCCACUGAGCCACUGCGUCCAAUUGAUUCAAUCAUGAAGUGACUAACCGGGAAGUUAACACAAUUCCUGAACUCCCCUCCAUAGGCUUUGUUACAACUCCAACUUGGCUUGCAUUCAAAACUUUUUGAAACAGGAUGUUCAAGAGAUGUCAGCUUGAAAAGAAAAAAAAAGGCCCCGUCAGAGGGUAAACCUCCAGGGAUUUCCAGAGAAUGACUAAGGAGAACAAGCGUUCCCCUUAUCUUUCUGGAACACGCAUGGAGGUUUAUCAACUCAACUUCUGCUGCUGUUUGCUCUACCAGCCAGUUGUCCUUCACGUCUCAUUCCAGAGGGACGCGACGUACAGAGAGAGUCGAAGAUGAGUCUCGUCGGCUUCUUCUUCAUCUUCGCCUUGCUCCCUCUUGUCGCCCCAGACUGUCCCCGCCCUUGCCGUUGUGCCGCCAACAUCGUCGACUGCAUGUCGACCGAUCUCACGGACGACAUGAUCCCGCUCUCCUUCUCAUCCUUGACGAACAAGCUUUAUCUCAACAACAACUAUUUGACCUUCAUCCCCAAAGGUCUCUUCGACAACCUGCACAACCUCCAGGCUGUUUACCUGCGGGGCAAUCCUUGGGAAUGUACCUGCAACAUCCUCUACCUCCGCUCCUGGCUACAAUGGCAAGAGAACCGGACUCUGUAUCGUGAUGUGGUGUGUUCCACUCCUGCCCAUCUUCAAGGUCGGAUUAUCACUUACCUGUCUGAAGAUGAGAUCAUCUCUACCUGCCAGUCCUGGUAUUGCGGUGUGGCUUUGGUGGCCCAGAUCUGCCUCUUUGUCUUCAUCCUGGUGCAGGCCAUCUUGUUGUUUCUGGUGGUCUUCUACAUUUGCAGAUUCCAGCGGAUAGCCAAGGAAGCCAGGAGGACAAUGGUGGAGAUUUAUGAGAAUACAGAUCCAUGGGAAAGUGCUCGUAAAAACAGUAUUGACUGAUGGUCCGUGGAGAUUCUCAACCAUCCAGGUCAUGGUUGUCCCAAAGGUGUUUUUCCUUAAUUUUUUUCCCCCCUUGUGAAGACCUUUUGCUUUUCAUCCAAGAAGCUGUUGUGAUCUAGGCUUCCUGAGUCAUUAAAACACACGAGUAGUCCCAAAAACCUCUUUUAUUGCAACAGCUGUGAAUUACGUUCAUUCACAGCUGAGUCCCAAUUAGCUGUAAAAAGUCCUUUGGGAGAAGUCCUUCAGGAUAAUCACCAACCUUUAUCUCCCUUGACACGCUGCCAAAGACCUACUUGGCAAAGCCACACAGAGUCCAGAAUCAAACAGAGAUGCCGACUGGGAACAGAAUUAACAACAUUGCUUCCCUGCAAAGAGCCCACGUGCUUUUGCUCCUCUUUUAAGCCUUAUGGGAGGGGACAAUCAUCUCCAGGCUUUACUCCUGAGUUUUCCCUUUUGUUUUAACUGUUCUUGCCUUCUGGCAGCUCUGCGCAUGCGUGCACUAGGAACAGGCCCCUCCUGUUCCUCUGCCUCUCUGAUGUCCGACUCUGGAGGCUCCAGAGUCCGUGCAUAACUCCCAGAUGGCCCUGGCCUCAUCUCUGCCUCCGACGCAGAGCCCUCGUCCGAGCCUUCCCCAGACUCCAGGACUGGCCCAUGUUCCUCCCCAGCCUCCUCACUGUCCGACUCUGCUACCAGCUCCGCCGGCUGCUGGCGGACCACAACAGAAGCUUCUUCAGUUUCAGGAAGCUUCUUCUUCAACUGAAGAAGCUUCUGGGAUGAGAAGCGAAAGGUCUUCAAGGAAACAAACUAAGAAAAUCCAGCUGCCUUUUGAAAAAAGCACUUUUGGGGACAGUAUCAACUGAUCGUCACACAGGAAUAGCUAUUUUCCCAAAUGCCUUAUUUCCUUGGAGAACCUUGGGAGUUCUAGGCAGAAUUUGGAAGAUGCUUGCUUUUUUAAAAAAAAAAGAAGAAGAAGAAGAAGAAGAAGAAGAAGAAGAAGAAGAA